CUUAUAUACCAAUUAUUUACUCUUGGAUUUUCCAAUGUGAGAUGUACUCUAACAGGAGCAAUGCCCGUCUUCGAUGGCGUUGUCGUUGCUGCUUCGCCGGAAAUAGGGAGCUGUCUCGCCGUCUCCAGAGGUGGACGACGUCGCCUCGCCACUACCUGUCUCCUGGGUCGUUGCCAGAAGCUGGGUCGUCGGUCUGGAGCCUUUGGUGCUGGACCGCCGGAGAGGACGCCGGGGCUGGAGGCGUCACAAGAGAUUCCAAAGCCGAAGUUCAAAAAAAAAGCAUUUCCUCGUGAAUCAAGGAAUCAACAUGCUGGUGGAUUCAAUCAGGCUGAUAUCCCAGCUGCAAUUGCUGAAGAAAUUGUUGUUUUUGCUCUCGUUGCUCCUGAAGUGGUUGCACCGCACCCCAUGAAUUUGGCUGUUCUGGAAAAUGCUGUUGGCCAUGGUGUGCCUCUUGAACCCGAACCGGAUUCUGAUUCUGAGGUUGAAGAGGAUGAGGUUGCUCCCAAUCUAAUUUUCCAGGUUUGAGAUCUGGAAAUCUCAUUACCUUCCUUUGAAAAUGCUCAAGUAAAUAAACUCUUUGAUAUUAAGCAAACACAAUAUCUUCAACAAAUAACCAGAGCAAAGAGUUGCAAGCCUUGUCUAACAAAUAAGUCAGAUAGAAUAAAGUAAAAAAAUAGAUUGAAAUUU